AUGGGGAAGGAGCCUGAGUUAGGCCCUCAAGACGUCGGGGCGGCCGUUCCCUUCAAUACUCAAGUCUUUCCGGAGAGCUAUACAUACGACUACAUCAUUGUGGGAGGUGGAACGGCAGGAUGUGUCCUUGCCUCACGACUCAGCGAAGAUCCCACCGUGUCCGUGCUACUCAUUGAGCAAGGUCCAGUGGCUGACACGUGGGGGUCCCGGGUGCCCGCCAUGUCCGCGAACCUAUACAGCACGGACAGCGUUGCGGCGCAGUGGUGGUCGUUGCCAUUGUCUCACGUAAAUAAUCGCAGUCUCGGCCUCAUACGUGGUGAGGCUCUCGGGGGAACGUCUCGCAUAAAUAGCAUGUUAUACACUCGCGGCCCACCUGGAGACUACAACCAAUGGCAGGCCCUUGGGAAUGACGGGUGGAGCUACGAAGAUCUGCAGCCAUAUUUUAUCAAGUCCGAAAAUGCUCGGACACAUCGGGAAGCAAAACAUCGUGGAAAGAACGGCGUGUGGCAGAAUCGACAGUUCGGAACUCCGCAGUACCGCUCGGUAUCUUUGGUACAGCGCGCCUUAGAGGAUAUCGGGAUAUGCACGUAUCCCGAUUUGAACUCGCCUGAGAUGCCUUCUGCGGCGCAGGGAACAUUGGACAUCACCCAAGAUGACAGCUACCAUCGACACUCGACGAACCGCGCCUUUCUCCCCCCACAGCUCGUUCGGGAGCGGCAUGACCGCCUGAAGAUAUGUGCGGAGACCCUAGUGACUCGUGUCGCUCUCUGUACAGAGGGAGAUGAGGUGCGCGCUGUCGGUGUCCACUUUGAGGCGACGAACCCGAGGAAGGCGUGGAAGCGGUACUUCGCCAAAGUUAGACGGGAGGUCGUGCUUUGUUCAGGUGCUCUCGGAUCGCCCCAGAUCUUGAUGUGCAGCGGGAUUGGUCCUAAAGAACAUCUGUCGGAGAAGGGUGUCCCGGUCAUUCGAGAUGUCCCUGCGGUUGGAGCUUACUUGCAAGAUCACAUAGGCGUGCCGCUGACAUACGAGGUGCCCCUAUCUGAAUCUCUGCACCAGCUCGAAGCGAACCCUCUCAAGGCGCUCCAGGAGUUCAUCAAGUAUCUUCUCACUGGCCGUGGGAUGCUUUCCCAUCCGUUCCAAGAAGCGUCUGCAUUCGUCCCAACAUGGCUGCUCAAAGAUGACUGCAGCCUCCCUAUUGUUGACCUCCGUGAGCUCGACGCGACCGUGCCUGAGAACCGUGCCGACCUUGAGCUCAUGCACCUUGGGAACAACUGCACCGACGCUGACAUUCCUGGUAAAGGUCUCUCGACCCUGCUGCCAACCCUAAUUCGUCCCAAGUCGCAGGGCUCUGUCCGACUUGCCACGAGCAACCCACGGGCCCGUCCAGAUGUCGAUCUCAAUUACUUCACGGACCCCGAGGAUUACGUCCCCCUUCGGAAGGGCGUGCGUCUCGCUCUCCGCGUUGCUGCCGACGUACGGAAGCAGGGGUAUCCUCUACAGGACCUUAUCGUCCCGACUGGGACUAGUGAUGAGGAGAUCGACCAAUUCAUUCGCACCAACCUGCGCACGUGCUUCCACUACACGUCGACGUGCCGUAUGGGCGCUGCAAUUGAUGGAGAGCGUCCGAGCGUCGUGGAUACGAGGUUGAGGGUGCAUGGAGUGAAGGGCCUUCGCAUAUCCGACGCAUCUGUGUUCCCUGAGAUUGUAUGUGCUCAUACGAUGGCCCCGGUGGUCAUGGUUGCAGAGAAGUGUGCGGUUAUGAUCAAGGAGGAGGCGCAAUACAUGCAUUAG